AUGAAGCUAGCUUUGGGUCUACUUCAUUUCCUUUUAUCCAUAAUCACUUUAUUUAAUUACAUUAAUGCGAAUCCAGUAAGUUUAGAGGAGAGAGACCAGCCAGCUGGGACCUUCGAAAUUAUAGGAGAAACUGGAGUAGGUGCUAUGCAUGCAGCUCUUGUUCGUCCAACAAAAGUUGUAAUUAUUGACCGAGUGGAAUUGAAUGCUGCUCAAACUGACAAUGGAACAAGCGCGUUUUCAUCUGAAUACGAUCUAUUAACCAAUAAAUAUCGAGUACUUAACUUGGCCACUAAUACCUUUUGCUCUGCUGGUUCUUUUAUGCCAAAUGGCACAUUACUUGAAACUGGUGGUGACGUAAUUGUUGGUACUAUAGGCGCUGGAAGCCAAUCUCUACGUAUGUUUACUGGGUGUGAUGAUCAUACAUGUGAUUGGACUGAAUAUAAAAAUUAUAUGAGUACUGCUAGGUGGUAUAAUACUAUGGUCAAAUUACCUGAUGGUCGUGUAAUGAACUUUGGAGGAUGUACAAAAGCUACUAAUGCAAAUACGCAAGAAAUAAAUAAUCCUACUUUUGAGUUUUUCCCAAACAAUGGCAAUAUUCUCCCUGGACCCGUAGGUCAAAAUUGGCUUUUUAUGUCUGCUAAUAAAAAAGCACAAAUUUGGGAUUAUGUAAAUCAAACAGUAGUAAAAACAUUACCUGAUGUCCCUGGUUCACCGCGUACUUAUCCAUUAACAGGAUCUUCCACAUUAUUACCAUUAAAUUAUACUAAUAAUUAUGCUGCUAUGAUAAUAUUUUGUGGUGGAUCUUUUGAUUUGAAACCUGAAGGUCUUGCUGAUAGUACUUGUGCAAGAAUCGAUUUAAGUAAAGAUAAUGCUACUUGGGAAACCGAAGAUUUUGGAAAUCCGGCUCAACCUCGAGUUAUGGCUGAUGGUGUUUUGAUGCCUGAUGGAAAACUUUUGUAUAUAAACGGUGCUGCUAAUGGAUUUGCAGGCUGGGAUACAGGAACACCUACUAAUAGACUUCAUUCGGCCCAAAACCCUAUAAAAACUCCAUUUCUUUAUGAUCCAUUGGCAAACAAUGGAUCACGAUGGACUACUCUAGCUUCAUCAACCAUAGUUAGAGUUUAUCAUUCAAAUGCUUUUCUAACGCCAGAUGGAACUGUCUUUGUGUCUGGAAGUAAUCCUAAUUCGCCCCCUUGUCCUACCUGUGCCACGUCUAUAAACGGACUAACUGCUAUAGUAGUAAACUAUAACCAAGUUGUAACAAUAGUAGUGGAUUUAAACUUACAAUCAGGAGUAACUUUCACUGCAUGUUUGAUACAUCAUGGUUUUGUUACACAUUCAAAUCAUAUGUCACAAAGAAUGGUUGUUCUAAAAGUUGAAAGUGUUAUUCCAACUGAUAAAGGAUAUGCUAUAGACGUUACAAUGCCACCUAAUGAGAAUAUGAUGCCUCCGGGAAGGAAUACCUAUUUAUAUAUUUUAUCUAACGGAGUACCAGCUGACACCGCUGCUGAAGUUGACCUUAGAUCCGCGAAUAAAUAA